GCCAAGAGGUUUAUCCAGCCGACUCUGGAUUCGUCUCCGGCGUGCGCAGGAAUGGCGGCGCUGCCCGGCGCGGUCCCCAGGAUGAUGAGACCCGGCCCAGGGCAGAACUACCCGCGCACCGGCUUCCCCCUGGAAGUGUCCACCCCUCUUGGCCAAGGCAGGGUCAAUCAGCUUGGUGGAGUCUUCAUCAACGGGAGACCCCUGCCGAACCAUAUCCGUCACAAGAUAGUGGAAAUGGCCCACCACGGCAUCCGGCCCUGCGUCAUCUCCCGUCAGCUCCGCGUUUCCCACGGCUGUGUCUCCAAGAUUCUGUGCCGGUACCAGGAGACUGGGUCCAUCCGGCCCGGGGCUAUCGGUGGCAGCAAGCCCAGACAGGUGGCUACUCCGGAUGUGGAGAAAAAGAUUGAGGAGUACAAGAGAGAGAACCCCGGAAUGUUCAGCUGGGAAAUCCGGGACCGGCUGCUGAAGGAUGGCCACUGUGACCGAAGCACGGUGCCCUCAGUGAGUUCGAUUAGCCGAGUGCUCAGAAUCAAGUUCGGGAAGAAAGAGGAGGAUGAGGAAGGAGACAAGAAGGAAGAAGAUGGUGAGAAGAAAGCCAAACACAGCAUCGACGGCAUCCUGGGCGACAAAGGGAACCGUCUGGAUGAGGGCUCGGACGUGGAAUCAGAACCCGACCUCCCCCUGAAGCGCAAGCAGCGUCGCAGUCGGACCACGUUCACGGCCGAGCAGCUGGAGGAGCUGGAGAAGGCCUUCGAGAGGACCCACUACCCGGACAUCUACACCCGGGAGGAGCUGGCACAGAGGACCAAGCUCACGGAGGCGCGCGUCCAGGUCUGGUUCAGUAACCGUCGUGCCCGCUGGCGCAAGCAGGCAGGAGCUAACCAGCUGGCCGCCUUCAACCACCUUCUGCCAGGAGGUUUCCCACCCACUGGCAUGCCCACGCUGCCACCCUACCAGCUGCCGGACUCUACCUACCCCACCACCACCAUCUCCCAAGAUGGGAGCAGCACAGUCCACAGGCCCCAGCCCCUUCCACCAUCAACCAUGCAUCAGGGUGGGCUGGCUGCAGCCGCUGCAGCAGCUGACACCAGCUCUGCCUACGGAGCCCGCCACAGUUUCUCCAGCUACUCGGACAGCUUCAUGAAUCCCGGGGCCCCCUCCAACCACAUGAACCCUGUCAGCAAUGGCCUGUCUCCUCAGGUGAUGAGCAUUCUCAGCAACCCGAGCGCGGUGCCUCCACAGCCCCAGGCCGACUUCUCCAUCUCCCCGCUGCACGGAGGCCUGGACUCUGCUUCCUCCAUCUCAGCCAGCUGCAGCCAGCGGGCCGACUCCAUCAAGCCAGGAGACAGCUUGCCCACCUCCCAGUCUUACUGCCCACCCACCUACAGCACCACUGGCUACAGUGUGGACCCUGUGGCUGGCUACCAGUACAGCCAGUAUGGCCAAACUGCUGUUGAUUACCUGGCCAAAAACGUGAGCCUGUCCACACAGCGCCGUAUGAAGCUUGGGGAACACUCUGCUGUGCUGGGACUUCUUCCUGUGGAAACAGGACAAGCCUACUAGGGUCCCUGGGGCAACUUGCCCCAACCAAUGGCCCAGCCUAGCCCUUUCCAAGCCCCAAGUCUCCCCAUCUCAGUCCCCUCAUCCCCCUGGAGUGACAGGAGGCCAGGGAAAAAACCCUUUCCCUUCCUACAGGCAGCCCUCUGGAGAUGGACAACAGUAUGCCAUUCACCCAUGGUUAGUGAUCCAGAGUGGCUUCUUGCCUCCCCUUCUUUCUCCAGAGAGAUUCCUAGCCAUCCUGCAGUAGCCUCCAGCUCACACUCACCUUCUAGUGUCAUGGCCUUGGUCCUGUCUCAGUGCAGAGAUUGAGGCUCAAUCUGAACCAAGCACCUAGUUAUCAGAAGAAAAUGGUGCCAAAGACAAGGCCCUGGAGUCCUUGACCUCUGAGUCCUGGGUGCCCUGCACAGGUGCAGGUGGAGAUCACGGUGUCCUCAGUCACAGAGCUGGGAGCUCUCUCUUGCUUGGCAUCAGGACUGCAGCCUCUUUCACUGGACACUGAGAUGAGUCCCCAGGGUGUUCCCAGGGGAGAAAGCAGGUAACAUCUCAGCUUUACCUAGGAAUCCAGAAGACUUUGGGACUGCCCUUACACACCCUGCUGAGCAUCAGGAGACUAGGAAGAGAUUCUAGCAGUGGGUAUGGGACACAGAGGCAGAGGCUUGUUGGCCAUGGGCUAUCUCAGAAUGCCUGGUCCGAGGUCCAGCAUCAGGAGGUGCAGGACUCUUAGGCUGCAAUCUGUAUCAGAAGCUUGCCCACUGUAUUGGGCCUGGGCAGCCCACAGAACCCGUCAGUCUCCUCAACUGGUAGGAGAAGAGAAGGUCUUGAGGUGACAGGAGGCACGAGUCAGGCUCAGACUGUCUGAAUGCACGGAGCUUUCAAGUCCACACCCCUGGAGUUCUACACACCAUCUUGCUGGAAGCUGGGAACCUGCCGUAUGCAUGCUGAUGCCCUGAAAAGGGGCCUCCAUCUUCCAGCAUGUAAGGCUCUUGAUGCCAAGAGCCUUCUCGGACCAGGCAGAAUUUCUGGUCCACCCCAGAGAAGAUACUGCAGUCUCCUUGGCAUCCUCGGUGGAAGGCCAUGUCUCUGUCUUUUUCGGAAUAGCAUUUUUCAGUGAUGGCUGCCCAGUCAAAAGGCUUCUGUUGCCUCAUGGAGCACAGUGUACCUUGGGCACUGUUUUUAAGCCAUCCCAUCCCAUCCCUCCCACACUCUGGGAACAGAGGAAAAUGCUAAAAGUCUCGGCAAAGAGAACAAGGAGCCUUCCCUAAGCACCGCAGAGUCUUCCUUUGCACCCCUGUCCUCUCUUAGAGCUGGGUCUUUUGGGGGGAAAUGGACUGCUGAGCCCCCCCCCUCCUCCACAGAGCUUUUUAUCACGCUCCAUUUAUCAAAAUGGCAUCCAUUUUUACCCUCUCCCUCGCUGUAGCCUACACCCGGACCACCCUCAUCCAAUGCUGGUAUCCCACAGCACCAAAUCCAAGAACCCUGGGCCUGAUGAUUUGUUGCCACCUGUAUACAUGAGACCACCCUGUUGGCCCAGUCCAUGCCUCCUGCCCUCAGCCAGCAAGAUAUUCCUAGAGAGAGGGGCUAUAGGCUCAAAAGCCCACCUGACUUCCUUUUGCCUAGGGACCUGAGCCAGCGAGACACUGGGACACUUGUCUACAUGAACACGUGACCAAUGUACACCUAUCUUUUCAUCUCUAGACCCAUUAUCUGAAGCCCGUCCCAGGCCAUGACUAGGAUGGCUUGUAUCUGUGGUUUAGAGAAGUCUAUUAAUAACUGAGGUCAAACACUCUCUGGUAGCAUGGAGCACCAGACAGAUGGAGCUCCUUGGCUCUGUCCGGUUUCAACAGAGGAGACUUCUGGCUUCGAGGUCUGGACAGGAGGAAAGCCACGUUGCCCCCCCCCCCACCCCGGGAACUCAGAUUCUCCUUUUGAACUUCUCACAGCUGCACCCCUUUCGAAGACCAAAUGCAUCUUCCUCCACAUUCCUUGCCCCUUGGAUGCCUGGCUCUGGAUGCACCUGAGUCUCUGUUCACCAACUAUACUUUAGGAGCAGGGACCUCAAGCAGGCGACAUCCACAGGGCCCAGUCCCAGCCCUGGGAGCAACAUUCCAAUGCUUGGACCAAUCACAAUGAUCUGCCCACAAGGGUAACCACAACCAGAGACCUACUUGGGAGAAAAUGAAAUGAUUUCUCAUUCCAUGCCAUGCCGCUGAACGCUCCCCCAAGUUGCCAUCUUGGUAUAAAGUGGAACUUGUGUUCUGGGGAGAGCCUUGACCCCCAACAGCUUUUCCUAACCGUCUCAUGCUUUUGUGAAUCUGUCUCCCUUGAUCUGUAAAACUCAGCCUUGUUUGGGCAGCUUGCAACUUCACCAGCGAGGUGACGUCAGUUAGAUGAGAGGCACCAGGCCUCUCCACCACCCCUCUGGGGUUGAGCACAGCCUAGAAGAAGGCCAGUUUCCAGUGGCCAGGCUGGGCCAGAAACAGCCCCCCACCCCAAUCCCUGUAAAUAGAGUCAAUAGCAAGAUAAGAGGGGUGCCCUCCAUGUCACCUCAAGUAGCUACUGGUUCUUCUGUGGAGGCCCCUCUGAACUCAUAUUGUAUGGUAGUUCAAAAUGUGAUGUCGUGCUGUUUGUUUAUAGAACAUUGGCUUUUUAUAUAUAAAUCUAUAUACUUAAAAACAAAAAC